UCCUCACACACUCCUCAUCUUCACACACUCCUCCUCACACAAUCCUCUCAGGCAGGCAGCUGGAUCUCCUCGUCACCAUGGGUAAAAUCAACGGCUGUCUGAAGUGCGUCUUCUUCCUGCUCAACGCCGUGUUCGGGAUCUUUGGAGGUUUGAUGGUAUUUGGACUUGUGAAGGCCCAAGCAGUUGAACCACAGCUGCCCAGCGCGGUGGGCCAUUGGCUCUGGGUUGGACUGUGUGUGUUCUCCUUGGGGAUGCUGAUGGUUUCCAUCCUCGGCGGGACGGCCGCCAAGACCGAGAAGACGGCACUGCUCAAAGUGUUUGCAGGUCUGGAGGUGGCCGUAAUGAUCAUCAUGAUGAUCUUAGGGAUCGUCAUGGCUUCCUGCAGAAACAAGGUAAAGGUGUCCUUUGAGAACAUCUCUCCUGACAUUGUGGGAGAGAUGAUGGCAAAAAACAAUAUACGAGAAAUCCUCAACGACGCCCAAGAGCCGCUCCAGUGCUGUGGCUUUAUGAGCUAUCAGGACUGGGGUAGCAGCAUCCCUGGAUCCUGUAAGUGUUCAGAAUCCACUUUCUGCACAAACCGCCCAGGGAACUUGGAAGGUCCAGCUAUCAUCUACUCCAGGCCGUGCCUCCCCAUCGCGUCUGACAUGCUGGAUCUGGCCUUGACGGUCUCCAUGGGUGUCUUGUUUGGCUUCGCUGUCACCGCUCUCCUCUGCCUUGGGGCAAGCCUCCUGAUGAUUGGUCAGAUCAGGCGUCACGACGGCGGCCGCGGAGGACAGGCCAUCGCCAUGACGGCUCCUGGGUACAAGCUAACCCCUGGCAUCUGACCUUUGAACUCACGCCUCAUUUCUGCUUCUGUAAAUGAGUCCUGCGCUAUGAUGUCAAUAGUUACAUGAUGUCAAUAGUUUCACUCGUGUUCCCAUUAAAGAAAACAAUACAUUCGUUCCUCACCAUUAAGGGUUCCAUGUGUUCAUUCUCCUGUUACAAUGUACCUCGUUUCAGUGACUCCUCCCCUCCAUUCCUGUAAGAGGACAGGUUGUCUCCUCCCUUCUAUGCAUAUGUAAUUAGCUGUAUACCCCUCCCCCCUAUGCAUAUGUAAUUAGCUGACGAAGGUCCUUACUGCUGGGAGGUUUCUGUCUCGUGACGCUCCAGACCGACGCUCCUCUGACCUCAGACAGCAGAACCUCCUCACCCGUCAGACCGAGGCCCUGCGUCGCUGCCUCAUGGUUCUAACAUGGAGCACUUCAGGCAGGGGCUCCUUUGAAGGACUGUUUUUUCCUUGCAUGAUUCUUCACGGGCCCUGAGCCUGCUGAAGAGUAGGAGGAAGUUGUGUCUCAGUGGGCCACUCCCCUUCUCAGUAGGCCACUCCCCAUCUGAUUAGGCUACUCCCCUUCCCAGCCGGCCGCUCCCCUUCUCAGUAGGCCACUCCCCUUUUCGUUAGGCCACUCCCCUUCUCAGUAGGCCACUCCCCUUCUCAGUAGCCACUCAUCAGUGUUACGUUAAUGCUACUAGUAUAGCAGUAGUAUUAAGGUGAUAUACUGCUAGUAUAGCAGUAGUAUUAAGGUGACACAGUUAUAUUAGUAUAGCAGUAGGAUUAACUUAAUAUAGUACUAGUAUAGCAGUAGUAUUAAGGUAGUAUUGUACUAGUAUAGCAGUAGUAUCAUUGUAGUAUAGUACUUCUAGUACAGCAGUAUUAAGGUAGUAUAGUACUAUUAUAGCAGUAGCAUUAAGAAGUUAGUAAAGUAGUUCUAGUAUAGCAGUAGCAUUAAGGUAGUAUACUCUAGUAUGGCAGUGGUAUUAGGUGGUAUAGUUGUUCUUCUACAGCAGUAGUAGUUAAGUAAUGAAAAAGAGAAGCUAGGCACAGUGUUGAGUGUUUGAUUCCCCAGAGAGAGAGACACCGUAUCGAUACUAAAACUCAUUUACUACGUCAAUAAUGGUUUCUUUCUGUCCCAUUCAAAGGCAAUCUUCCACUUGUUCAACACAGAGAGGUGUUGUCGUGUGUGUCUGCAGGUAUUGAAGUGUCUGCAUGUGUGUUUAUAUCCCAGUGCAGUGGCGGACUCAGAAAAAA